AGACUUCCGGUUCCGGUUCUCAGGUUUCAAGGGCCGCUGUCGCUAUGGAGGAACCGGAGAUGCAGCUCAAAGGGAAGAAAGUCACAGACAAGUUCACUGAGAGCGUCUACGUCCUGGCCAAUGAGCCAUCUGUGGCCCUCUACCGGCUCCAGGAGCACGUGCGCCGCUCUCUGCCAGAACUGGCCCAGCAUAAGGCCGACAUGCAGCGGUGGGAGGAGCAGAGCCAGGGAGCCAUCUACACAGUGGAGUACGCCUGCAGUGCUGUGAAGAACCUUGUCGACAGCAGCGUUUACUUCCGCAGUGUGGAGGGCCUCCUCAAACAGGCCAUCAGCAUCCGGGACCACAUGAACACUGCCACCCAGGGCCACAGCCCGGAGGAGUUGCCCCUGCCCUCCUCAGCCUGAUCCCGGAAGACACUUGGAGGUGCUUUGGCCCCUCCAAACAGACAGGGCCCGGCAUGGCAGUUACCACACAACUCUGGACUCCUCGUUCCACCUGCUAUGUGACCCUGAGCAAGUCCUCCCUCUCUGGUCUCUGCUUUUCCCUUCUGUGGAAGUCACUCAUCAGGUGGCAGAGAGUGCUGCUGCAUUCGGUGAUGUGUAGUGUAGCAGUCAACUGCUGCAUGAGAGACUAGUCCAAAACACAGUGGCUUACAGCACCAAUCUGAUUGCUUAUGAUUUUGUGAUUUGGGCUGGGCUCAGCUGGGGGCCAUUUGUGUGGCACUGUUGGAGCUCCGUGGGGCCAGCAGUCAGAGAUGGCUUACACAUCUGACUUCACUGGUGCUGUUGGCUGCAAGGGGUCCAGUUCUCAACCUCCACGUGCCCACUCCAGCAGGCUGGCUUGGGCAUCUGGUGGCUGGUCACCAAGAGGGAAGCCCCAGUGCACAUGGGCUCAUUUCGCCUCUACUUGCUUCACAUUUGUGGGUGUCCCAUUGGUCAAGGCCAGCCAUGUGGCCAGGCCAAAAACUGGAUGGGAGAGAACUGAAGCAAGGCAUCAACACUGGGAGGUGUAGUUGAUCGUCUGAGGAGAGUGUGGCACCUAGAAAGGCCUGGUGUAUUAUUUUGUUCCCAUGCAGGACAGACCCUGGCCAAUCAGAGGUGCCCAAGGUACUGAGCAGCAGGCUUGUGUAGCUCUCAGAGCCCCUGCCCAUCUAUUAUGAUGGUACUCUGUACCAUGGAGGCCCUCUCUGAGGGUUGUGGAUGCAUGGACAGGGACCCCACAGGCCCUUGAGCAGCAGCCCCGAGAACCAAGAGGCAGCAGAGUUCACACAUGUGCGGUCAGAGAGCACUUACUGGGCACCUGCUAAGUAUCAGGCUUAGCCCUGGGCCUGGGAGCGGUGAGCAAUCCCACAGGCUCUGGGAUCACUUGGAAGACA